AUGUUCUCCAAGAAGCCGCACGGGGACGUGAAGAAGUCUACCCAGAAGGUGCUGGAUACCAAGAAGGACGCGCUGACCCGUCUCAAGCACCUGCGCAUCGUCAUCGAGAAUGCAGAGUCUAUUGAUCUUAAACAGUUUUUUGACCAACAUUUUUCACAUAUAUAUUACGUGUUCUUUGAGAAUUUUGUGACUAUUGAAGCUAGUCUUAAACAGAAAGGUCACAAGUCUCAGAGGGAGGAAUUGGAUGCUAUACUUUUUAUUUUUGAGAAAAUUUUACAACUUCUUCCAGAGAGAAUUCAUCAGCGAUGGCAGUUUCAUAGUAUUGGAUUAAUUUUGAAGAAACUACUCCACACAGGAAACUCCUUGAAGAUCAGACGGGAAGGUGUUCGUCUUUUCUUAUUAUGGUUGCAAGCUCUUCAGAAUAACUGUAGCAAAGAACAGCUUUGGAUGUUUUCAUGCUUAAUUCCCGGAUUUUCAGCACUACAAUCUGAACAUGGACCUCGAACUUUAGAUAAUCUUAUUAAUCCUCCACUCAACCUUCAAGAAACUCAAGUUACUAUAGAGGAAAUCACUCCUCUUGUCCCUCCACAAUCAGGAGACAAAGGACAAGAAGAUCUCACAAGCUAUUUUCUUGAAGCACUUUUAAAAUACAUAGUAAUUCAGGUAAAAAGUUUAGAAUGGAAGAACAAAGAAAACCAAGAAAGGGGAUUUUCUUUUUUGUUUUCACAUUUUAAGAAAUAUUACUUGCCUUAUAUUUUCCCAAACAUCUGCAAGGAGAAUAGUUUAUAUCAUCCUGUACUUGAUAUCCCACAGGUGAGACCAAAGCCACAUUAUGUUAUGAUAAAGAAGGAUGCCGAAACCAAUGAAGCAAUCUAUUGUACAAAAGAACCUUUCAUUAAGGCUCGUGUUAUUGUCAUUCGUUGGCUGGUUUCUUUCUGGCUUGAGCCAAAGCCCCAUACAGGACCUCAUAUUCCUGGGAUGGAAGGUGAAGUCUUGCCAAAGAAUAUUCAGAGAGCAGCUGCUAGUUUGGUAUCCAGAGAAGAAAACAAAAAUGAUAAUGCUGAUAAAGCAGAUAGAACUACAGAACCAGAACAGUCUCAUUCCAAUACAAGCACUCUCACGGAGCGAGAACCUAGCUCAUCCAGUCUCUGCACUAUUGAUGAGGAACAUCUCACAGACAUUGAAAUAGUUCGCAGAGUUUUUUCUUCUAAAAGAAGUAAUGUAAACUUUGUCACAGAGAUAUUUCGUCAGGCAUUUUUAUUACCAAUUUGUGAAGCAGCAGCUAUGAGAAGAGUGGUAAAAGUGUAUCAAGAAUGGAUCCAGCAAGAAGAAAAACCUUUGUUUAUGCAAGAACCAGAAGAAAUUGUGAUCUCUUCUUCGGACUUACCUUGUAUUGACAAUGUCACAGACCAUGUUAUUUCAAUGGAAGAAGGAGAAAAGAGAGAAGAGGAAAGUGGGACUGAUAUUGCUGAUCAUGUUCGAAAUUCCACUUGGGCAAAAAAUGGCACCUACCAAGAUGUUCUUCAUAACGCCUCUGAGGAAGUCACAGAACAAAACAUACGAGCUGGUACCCAGGCAGUUUUGCAGGUGUUUAUUAUAAACUCAUCAAACAUAUUUCUUCUUGAACCUGCAAAUGAAAUUAAAAAUCUUCUGGAUGAGCACACAGAUAUGUGUAAACGCAUUCUUAAUAUUUAUCGGUUCAUGGUUGUACAAGUUUCAAUGGACAAAAAGACUUGGGAACAGAUGCUGCUUGUGUUGCUCAGAGUCACGGAGUCUGUACUGAAGAUGCCAUCACAAGCUUUUCUACAGUUCCAGGGGAAAAAAAAUAUGACCUUGGCAGGUCGACUUGCAGGACCACUUUUCCAGACUCUUAUCGUUGCCUGGAUCAAAGCAAAUCUUAAUGUGUACAUCUCUCGAGAACUAUGGGAUGACUUACUGUCAGUAUUAUCGUCAUUGACCUAUUGGGAAGAGUUAGCCACUGAGUGGUCGCUGACUAUGGAAACUCUAACUAAAGUUUUAGCUAGAAAUUUAUAUAGUUUGGAUCUUAGUGAUUUGCCAUUGGAUAAGCUGAGUGAACAGAAGCAAAAAAAGCACAAAGGGAAAGGAGUUGGACAUGAAUUUCAGAAAGUUUCAGUUGACAAGUCAUUUUCUAGAGGAUGGAGUCGUGAUCAGCCUGGCCAAGCCCCAAUGAGGCAGAGAAGUGCAACAACCACUGGUUCCCCAGGAACCGAAAAGGCAAGGAGUAUAGUACGGCAAAAAACCGUUGCCAUGAGAAGCCGAUCCAUUGGUGAAUGUGCUCUGCCAUCGGCCUAUAUACGCAGUGCUAAAAGUGCUCCUGUUCUGAUCCAUACUUCCAAACCCUUCUUGCCUGAUAUUGUUCUCACUCCCCUUUCUGAUGAGCUUUCAGAUAUUGAUGAUGCUCAAAUACUUCCCCGCCCAACUAGAGUCAGACAUUUUUCACAAAGUGAGGACACUGGAAAUGAAGUUUUUGGUGCUUUGAAUGAGGAGCCGCCAUUGCCUCGAAGUAGCAGCACUUCUGACAUCUUGGAACCAUUCACUGUUGAACGAGCCAAAGUCAAUAAAGAGGACAUGAGCCCAAAACUGCCCCCUCUUAAUAGUGAUAUUGGCAGCAGCAAUGCUAAUGUUCCUGAUCUGAUGGAUGAGUUUAUAGCAGAACGACUUCGAAGUGGUAAUGCCUCAACUAUGACAAGAAGAGGAAGUAGUCCAGGCAGUCUUGAAAUUCCCAAAGACCUCCCCGAUAUUCUAAAUAAGCAAAACCAAAUGCGCCCUGUUGAUGACCCAGGUGUGCCCUCUGAAUGGACUUCUCCUGCCAGUGCAGGGAGCAGUGAUCUUAUCAGCUCAGAUAGUCAUUCGGAUUCUUUCAGCGCUUUCCAAUAUGAUGGCCGAAAAUUUGACAAUUUUGGCUUUGGAGCUGAUGCUGGGAUUACAUCCUCUGCUGAUGUGGAUUCAGGUUCUGGUCAUCAUCAGAGUGCUGAAGAACAGGAAGUGGCUAGUCUAACCACACUUCAGAUAGAUUCUGAAACAAGCAGUCUUAAUCAGCAAGCUUUCUCUGCUGAAGUUGCAACGGUUACUGGUUCAGAAAGUGCUUCUCCAGUCCAUUCAGCUCUGGGAUCCAGGUCACAGACACCUUCCCCUUCCACACUGAAUAUAGAUCACAUGGAACAGAAAGAUCUGCAGCUUGAUGAGAAGCUCCACCAUUCUGUUCUUCAGACUCCAGAUGACCUAGAAAUCAGUGAGUUUCCAUCUGAAUGUUGUAGUGUGAUGGCAGGGGGUACACUCACAGGAUGGCAUGCUGAUGUUGCUACUGUAAUGUGGCGAAGAAUGCUAGGCAUUUUGGGAGAUGUCAACGCUAUUAUGGAUCCCGAAAUACAUGCUCAAGUUUUUGAUUACCUCUGUGAACUUUGGCAAAAUCUAGCUAAGAUUAGAGAUAACCUUGGCAUUUCAACUGAUAACCUGACCUCCCCUUCACCACCAGUUUUGAUUCCUCCAUUGAGAAUUCUUACACCUUGGCUCUUCAAGGCAACCAUGUUGACUGAUAAAUAUAAACAAGGUAAAUUACAUGCUUACAAACUUAUCUGUAAUACAAUGAAAAGAAGACAAGAUGUUUCUCCAAACAGGGAUUUUCUAACACAUUUCUACAAUAUAAUGCAUUGUGGAUUACUUCAUAUUGAUCAGGAUAUUGUCAAUACAAUCAUCAAGCACUGCUCACCUCAGUUUUUUUCACUUGGUUUGCCUGGUGCCACAAUGCUUAUUAUGGAUUUUAUUGUAGCAGCUGGUAGAGUGGCUUCUUCGGCUUUUCUCAAUGCACCAAGAGUAGAAGCACAAGUUCUUCUGGGAUCUUUGGUUUGCUUUCCUAACUUAUAUUGUGAACUGCCUGCUCUCCAUCCCAACAUUCCUGAUAUUGCUGUGUCUCAGUUUACAGAUGUUAAGGAACUCAUAAUCAAAACUGUAUUAAGCUCGGCAAGAGAUGAGCCAUCUGGUCCUGCACGAUGUGUAGCAUUGUGCAGUUUAGGUAUUUGGAUUUGUGAAGAACUAGUCCAUGAGUCUCAUCAUCCUCAAAUCAAGGAAGCUCUGAAUGUAAUUUGUGUUUCCUUAAAGUUUACUAAUAAAACAGUAGCCCAUGUAGCUUGUAACAUGCUUCACAUGCUGGUUCAUUACGUACCUAGACUUCAGAUUUACCAACCUGAUUCUCCCUUGAAAAUUAUUCAAAUUCUAAUUGCCACCAUUACCCAUCUUUUGCCAAGUACAGAAGCUUCAUCUUAUGAAAUGGAUAAGAGGUUGGUGGUGUCCUUACUUCUGUGCCUUCUGGACUGGAUUAUGGCCUUACCUCUAAAGACACUGCUCCAACCAGUCCAUGCUACAGGAGCAGAAAAUGAUAAAAUAGAAAAAUCUGUCCUCAAUUGCAUUUAUAAGGUAUUACAUGGGUGUGUUUAUGGAGCUCAGUGUUUUAGCAAUCCAAGGUAUUUUCCAAUGAGCCUCUCUGAUUUGGCAUCUGUAGAUUAUGAUCCUUUUAUGCAUUUGGAAAGUCUGAAAGAGCCUGAACCUCUGCACUCUCCGGAUUCAGAACGAUCUUCUAAGCUUCAGCCAGUGACAGAAGUGAAAACUCAAAUGCAACAAGGAUUAAUAUCUAUAGCCGCCCGCACUGUUAUUACACAUCUGGUAAAUCACUUGGGCCAUUAUCCAAUGAGUGGUGGUCCUGCUAUGUUAACAAGUCAGGUGUGUGAAAAUCAUGACAAUCAUUACAGUGAAAGUACUGAACUUUCUCCUGAACUCUUUGAGAGUCCAAAUAUCCAGUUCUUUGUGUUGAACAAUACAACCUUAGUCUCCUGUAUCCAGAUCAGAUCAGAAGAGAGUAUACCCGGAGGAGGUUUAUCUGCUGGCCUUGCAUCAGCCAAUUCAAAUGUUAGAAUCAUAGUACGUGAUCUCUCCGGAAAAUAUUCAUGGGAUUCUGCCAUCCUGUAUGGACCACCUCCUGUGAGUGGCUUGUCAGAACCUACAUCGCUCGUACUUUCAUUGUCUCGCCAAGAGAAGCCAGAAGAGCCUCCUACAUCUAAUGAAUGCUUAGAAGAUAUAACAGUAAAUGACGGGAUUUCCCUCCAGUUUAAAAGAGGAUUUAGAGAAACUGUACCAACUUGGGAUACCAUAAGAGAUGAAGAAGAUGUUCUUGAUGAGCUUUUGCAGUAUUUAGGUAUAACUAGUCCUGAAUGCUUACAGAGAACUGGAAUUUCACUUAAUAUUCCUGCUCCACAACCUGUGUGCAUUUCUGAAAAACAGGAAAAUGAUGUUAUUAAUGCAAUCCUUAAGCAGCACACAGAGGAAAAAGAAUUUGUUGAGAAACACUUUAAUGACUUAAACAUGAAAGCUGUGGAGCAAGAUGAACCAACACCUCAAAAGCCUCAGUCAGCAUUUUAUUAUUGCAGAUUGCUUCUUAGUAUAUUGGGAAUGAAUUCCUGGGACAAAAGGAGGAGCUUUCAUCUCUUGAAGAAAAAUGAGAAACUACUUAGAGAACUUAGGAACUUGGAUUCAAGACAGUGUCGAGAGACCCACAAGAUCGCAGUAUUUUAUGUUGCUGAAGGACAAGAAGACAAACAUUCCAUUCUCACCAAUACAGGAGGAAGUCAAGCGUAUGAAGAUUUUGUAGCUGGUCUUGGUUGGGAGGUCAAUCUUACAAACCACUGUGGUUUCAUGGGAGGACUACAAAAAAACAAAAGCACUGGAUUGACCACACCAUAUUUUGCUACCUCUACAGUAGAAGUAAUAUUUCAUGUAUCAACAAGAAUGCCUUCUGAUACUGACGACUCUUUGACCAAAAAAUUGAGACAUUUGGGAAAUGAUGAAGUACACAUUGUUUGGUCAGAGCAUACUAGAGACUACAGGAGAGGAAUUAUUCCUACAGAAUUCGGUGAUGUCCUUAUUAUAAUAUAUCCAAUGAAAAAUCACAUGUUCAGUAUUCAGAUAAUGAAAAAACCAGAGGUUCCCUUCUUUGGUCCACUUUUUGAUGGUGCUAUUGUGAAUGGAAAGGUCCUACCCAUUAUGGUUCGAGCAACAGCCAUAAAUGCAAGCCGUGCUCUGAAAUCUCUGAUUCCAUUGUAUCAAAACUUCUAUGAAGAGAGAGCACGCUACCUGCAAACAAUUGUCCAGCACCAUUUAGAACCAACGACAUUUGAAGAUUUUGCAGCACAGGUUUUUUCUCCAGCUCCCUACCAUCAUUUACCAUCUGAUGCCGUUGGCUCCUACCCAGAGAUUCUAUCCAGUGAAACUCCCACAGCAACGCAGGUAGACGGGGCUGACCUGGCCUCUCCAAUGUCUCCUCGAACUAGCAAAAGCCGCAUGUCCAUGAAGCUGCGUCGAUCCUCUGGUUCAGCCAAUAAAUCCUAAGGAGACAAGCAGCCCAGCAGUGUGAUCAGCAGUAACCACCUUAGCAUGAACAUAGUGUUAACCCUUUCAGGCCUUCGUGUUUGCCAUAACAUGCAUGUUUCUUCCUGAACAUUUAUUUUAGAAAACACUGGAUUUAAAUAAUUUGUAACUUAAUAUUUUAGAUUUGGGUUGUUUAUUCAGUUGUUUUUUUCCCCCCCAACACUCUAAGCUGCCAUAUUUUUGGGGGGUGGAGUUUUAUUCUAUACCCUUUACCUUCCUGGAUAAUUAUGUCUAAGCAGUUUCACUUUUAAUUUCAUGAUUAACUUUGAGCCAAACUAUAAUUGGACAGAUAGUCUCAUUAUUUUAUUUAUCGUGCCCCAUUGCAACUUUAUGGCUCAGUAAAUGUAUAAUUUUUUUACAAAUAUAAAUUUUUAAAUUUAAGCAUUUGUAAAGUUAUAGCAAAAGUUGCAAAUCUUAAUACACAGGAUGUGUAUGGAUUAUUUAUGUUAUGAAAAUAAAACACUUAAAAUAAAUGGUCUUUUAGCAUCUCAAAUUCCAGCUGACAUAAUUUUAGCAUUAACUUUUUCUUCCCAAAGCAAUGCCUCAUUUCUUGGCUGUGCAGAGGAUGCCAUGAUAUAUCUCAUAACCAGAAAAAUCACUGUGCUGAACUUUGAUUUGUGUUUAGCUUCCAAAUAUUUUUCUAAUGUUUUGCUUUUUAAAUGGUAUCAGUGUUAAAUGCCAUUUUUGUUUUGAUAUUGUGGCCCUGUAUUAUUGGCUCCUGGAUCCUGGUAUAUCUGUGUUCUUUCCUGAGUACCAAAAAGAGGGUAAUUGGGGGGAUGGAGAGAAAGAAAAAAAAAAAAGAAAAAACUUUUCUGAUAUAAAUGUGUUGCUUAAAUUAUGUGUAAUUUAAAAGAAAAGGGAACAUGACCCAGGAGUCUAAAUUAAAUCUAAUAUUAUUAAUAAUACUGAACUUGCUGAUGCAGGUUGGUAUUCAUUCCACCCUCCAGAAAUAUUUUCCUACAGUAAAUAAGCUGCUCACAUUUUGUCCAUAUUUUGUUCUGAACGGGCAUCUCCUAAGGAAAUGUAGCAUGACAUCAGUACUAACUGCAUGUGUAAAUACAUCAUACGGGCAAACUCUAAAAAUAUAAAUUAUGUAUCAUCAUUCAUGUAGUAUCUACAAAUUUGUAACAGUGAAAGAAAAAAUAUGGUAUUUAAUAAGACAAUAAAAAUAUUCUUAUCACUU